AUGCUUCUUGACGAGGCGUGCUGCGGCACGUCGAUGGACAAGCGGGUAAUCAACGACGGGGAUGGUAAGUUGGCUGUUGGACGAGCUGGUACGUUGAUGACGGCGGGCGGGCAAUGGCGCCUCUGGUUGCGCCACUGCGGUGCCGUAUGA